AUGCGAAACAGUAGUUUGGGAUAUGGCCAGUAUGCCCUUGUGGAAUCUUCAAGCAGGAAUGUGUUUAGAGCCAAUUCGGCCUUGAAGCAAGCUUGGGAGCUGUCUCAGAAACACACAUUCCCAGAAGGCCUGUCUACUCGUGAUCGUGCGGUGAUCAUACUCAAGGAAUUGUUGCAUCCCCGCACGCAAUGCUAUGGCGAAGCUCCUCCCAAUGUCUACGCCGCCAUUAUUUAUCAAUCAAACACUGAUAUUGAAAUCCAGAACGCGCUAACAGGGUUGUCACUGAAUGCCUUUGCGACGGCUAUGAAAAUGGUGGCGACUUCCGACUUGGGAUCGCACACCAGUACCACGGAUUGUUCAUACGUGCUAGUAUCAUUUGCUGUUCACUCCAACCCAUCGCCCAGUACUAACGAUCUCUUCAGCGUCUUCAAGGGAAACCAUCAAGCAUUACUGACUGGAGCCUGGAUUUUCGAGGGCCUCAUUCACAGCAUUCUAUGCGGCCAGAGCUCCUCCAUCAACCUUUGCGGUCCUCUGCUCACCAUGAAGAAGAAGGAAAGUGACACAGCUCCCAGAUUCAUCACUCAACAGAAUGAUGACGCAAAUGUGACCCGGCACCUGCCUCUUUGUUGCAGGUCAUUCACGAUUGUCAAUCUUCACGAAGUCACGUUUGCGUACACGCUUGCGCGCAACAUCAAGGACCAGUUCUGUGUACUUGGGAUUGUGAACAACCUGCUCUUUGGCUCAUUUUUUGUAGAGCUGAAGGUGGAUUUGGCCAGGGCCGUUGUGUGGAUUUUCUGA